UCAGAGAGAUUGAAUCUCCUUCUUGAUCCGCUCACUGACUCUUCACUUUCUCUAGCUCUCUGUUUCUCUCUUCAUGCCAGCUUGCACUAGUUUGACAAACUAAAAGAAAAAACUAGAACCAAAGAUGACUUCCACCAUUCGUAUGACCACGACCAAGAGCAGCUCUGGAGGCUCCGGAGGCUUCAAAGGAUCAGGAGUGAGCUUCAGAAGCAGCAGCGGUGGCGGUGGCGGUGGCGUUGGCUUUGGAAGCCGUUCCUUGAUCAUGCCAAGCCGGUCCAGGAUGAGCGUCGUGUCCUCAUCGUUCGGCGGUGGUCGUGCUGGUGGUGGCGGUAUGGGAUAUGGAGGUGGAGCCAGCUUCAGCUCCAUGUCAAGCUACGGCGGCAUGGGUGGUGGUGGCGGCGGCUUUGGCGGAGGGUAUGGUGGCGGCAUGGGGAUGGGUGGCGGCAUGGGGAUGGGUGGCGGCCUGGGGAUGGGUGGUGGUUUCGGUGGCGGACACGGUGGCGGUUUCGGUGGCGGAGGUUUCGGUGGCGGCAUGGGCGCCCCCAUCACCGCAGUGACCGUCAACCAAAGCCUAUUGGCCCCCCUCAACUUGGAGAUCGACCCCAACAUCCAGGUGAUCCGCUCCCAGGAGAAGGAGCAGAUCAAGGGCCUCAACAACCGCUUCGCCUCCUUCAUCGACAAGGUCCGUUUUCUGGAGCAGCAGAACAAGAUGCUGGAGACCAAGUGGAAUCUAAUGCAGGGACAGACCACCACCAAGUCCAACAUCAACGCCAUGUUCGAGGCGUACAUCGCCAACCUGCGCAGGCAGCUCGACUCCCUGGGCAAUGACAAGAUGAAGCUGGAGAGCGAUCUGUCUAAUAUGCAGAACAUGGUGGAGGACUUCAAAAACAAAUACGAGGAUGAAAUCAACAAGCGUGCCAGUGUGGAGAACGAAUUCGUCCUGCUGAAGAAGGAUGUUGAUGGUGCUUACAUGAACAAGGUUGAGCUGGAAGCCAAGGUCGAUGCGCUCCAGGAUGAGAUUAACUUCCUCAGGGCCAUCUACGAAGAGGAGCUUCGCGAGAUGCAGUCCCAGAUCAAGGACACCUCGGUGGUGUUGGAGAUGGACAACAGCCGUAACCUGGACAUGGACUCCAUCGUGGCCGAAGUGCGCGCUCAGUACGAGGACAUCGCUGCCAAGAGCCGUGCCGAGGCUGAGAGCUGGUACAAGCAGAAGUACGAGGAGAUGUCCACCUCCGCCGGACAGUACGGUGAUGACCUGCGCAACACCAAAUCUGAGAUCGCCGAACUGAACCGCAUGAUCAGCAGACUGACCUCUGAGAUUGAAUCUGUUAAGGGCCAGCGCGGAAACCUGGAGGCUCAGAUCGCUGAGGCAGAGGAGCGCGGGGAGCUGGCAGUGAAAGACGCCAAGGCCCGUAUUGCAGAUCUGGAGGCCGCUCUCCAGAAAGCCAAACAGGACAUGGCCCGCCAGGUCCGGGAGUACCAGGAGCUGAUGAACGUCAAGCUGGCCCUGGAUAUUGAGAUCGCCACCUACAGGAAACUCCUGGAAGGAGAGGAGAGCAGAAUCAGCUCAGGCGGUGGAGCAGUCACAGUACACAUGCAGCAGAGUGUAUCUUCAUCUGGAGGCGGAUUCGGAAUGGGAGGAGGCGGCGGCGGAUACGGCAUGGGAGGAGGAAUGGGAGGAGGAAUGGGAGGAGGAAUGGGAGGAGGCGGCGGUGGAUUCGGAAUGGGAGGAGGAGGCGGCGGCGGUGGAUUCGGAAUGGGAGGAGGAAUGGGAGGAGGAAUGGGAGGAGGCUCUAUGAGUGGUGGAGGAUACGGAGGCUUUAGCGGCGGCAGCAGCGGCGGUGGUGGUGGCAGCAGCAAAGUGUCCUAUUCACAAUCCUCCACGACCAAGACCAAGCGCUACUAAAACCGUCUACCCCCCCCCCCCCUUCGAGAACGGGUUUCGGCCUCUUCAGUUCACACGUUUCUCUCCAACAGACCACCAAUCAGUCCGAACAGUCUAGUACCCCUUUAGAACCCUCUCCCUGACCCCCCCAUUCCUAUCUCUCUAUCCCCUCAUCUUUCUAUCGGUCCUGUUCUCGAUCAGUUGGCGCCUCAGUCAACUAUCUUGUUUUUUUUUUUUUUUGGAAAAGCGAAACUCUAACAUCCAAAGAAAUAUGUUGCAAAUGUUUGUGUUGGGGAUGGAUGGGGGUGGGGGGUUCUCCGUUUUUAAUGUUCUGUAUUGGGCUUCUUCUGUCGCCCCACCCCCCCAGUAAACCUCAAAUUGCCUGUCUUAUGCUUGUCUGCCAGUCAGUCUGUCCCUAUCGAUCAAGCAAGUAAGCAUUCCUCCGGUCGAAAAUGCAGUCAACUGCAUAAGCUGCAGGGUCCAUUAUGCUACAGUGAUACCUCUCGGCUUGAGGGGAGCUAAGUUAAUAUACUGUUAUUUUAGCACUUGCACCUUCUAGAGACUCUUGUUAGAACAAGACUGUAAGGUGCAAUAAUUUACUGGGUGUGAAUCUAAGAGGGGAAAAAGCACCAGGUUUGUACCACUAGCUAUGGUACACAAGCUUAAUGUAUUCUUUAACCCUCAAGCACCAGAGGGGCAGGAAGCUUGGGUCAACUUGAAAGCCUUCUGUGUUUAAACCCCACACCCUGUUCUGGACAUCACUGAGCACUGGAGCUUUAAAAGAAUGAAUUACAAAGCGAAUUCAUUUACACCAGCCCCCUUUCUAGGUAGUGGGUGUGGAUACGGUUAUAGUCCCCAUUCCCAAGCAGAGUCUCUUGUGCAGAGAAUGGGCAUUAGCUGAUGAGGUUUUGUCCCCACCACUCCUACCUUCCAGGGAUCACUGAGUGUGAGCUCCACUUUCUAAGCAACCCGACCAGAGUUUAGAAUGAAACAGAUCGACAAACUGACUGACUGACUCUUUGUGGACAGAUUGUAUGAAUGCAUUUGGCUUUUGUAACAACAUCUCUCCAAUAAAUCUGAGUUUCUAAAUGAA